AUGACCCCACUGGUGGCCGUGGUGUCUAGCCCCCACGCCCGGCUCUUUACCUGCUUCCUCAGACUGGGCGCUCAGCAGGCCAGCUCACUUCAGCUGCACACAGGGACAGGCCUUGCAGCCAAGAACUACCAUGAGGUGCUGGUGCUGGGAGGAGGCAGCGGUGGGAUCACCAUGGCCUCCCGCAUGAAGAAGAAAGUGGGUGCAGAGAAUGUGGCCGUCAUUGAGCCCAGUGAGAGACAUUUCUACCAGCCAAUCUGGACCCUGGUGGGUGCUGGUGCCAAACAGCUGUCCUCCUCUGGCCGUCCCACAGCGAGUGUGAUUCCAUCCGGUGUGGAGUGGGUCAAAGACAGAGUGGCUGAGCUGAACCCAGACAAGAACUGCAUUCGCACAGACAGCGGCAAGGAGAUCUCCUACAAAUAUCUUAUUAUUGCUCUCGGAAUCCAGCUGGACUAUGAGAAGAUUAAAGGCCUUCCUGAAGGUUUUUCCCAUCCCAAAAUAGGGUCUAACUACUCAGUGAGCACGGUGGAGAAGACGUGGAAGGCUCUGCAGGACUUCAAGGAGGGCAAUGCCAUCUUCACCUUCCCAAACACCCCCAUCAAGUGCGCCGGGGCCCCGCAGAAGAUCAUGUACCUGUCGGAAGACUAUUUCAGGAAGACAGGGAAGCGAUCCAAGGCCAAUAUCAUUUUCAACACUUCUCUCGGAUCGAUUUUUGGGGUUAAGAAGUAUGCAGAUGCGCUGAUGGAAAUCAUCCAGGAACGGAACCUCACUGUGAACUACAAGCAAAAUCUCAUUGAAGUCCGAGCCGAUAGACAAGAGGCUGUGUUUGAGAACAUGGACAACCCUGGAGAGACCCAAGUGAUUCCCUACGAAAUGCUUCAUGUCACACCCCCAAUGAGUGCACCUGACGUCCUCAAGAAGAGCCCUUUGGUUGAUGCUGCUGGCUGGGUGGAUGUGGAUAAAGAAACCCUGCAGCACAAGAAGUACCCAAAUGUGUUUGGGAUCGGGGACUGCACCAACCUUCCUACAUCGAAGACUGCCGCUGCCGUAGCUGCCCAGUCAGGAAUCCUUGACGGAACAAUUUCUCUGGUCAUGAAGAAUGAAAAACCAACGAAGGAGUAUGAUGGCUACACGUCAUGUCCACUGGUGACGAGCUACAAUCGUGUGAUUCUUGCGGAGUUUAACUACAACAUGCAGCCACUGGAGACCUUCCCCUUUGACCAGAGCAGAGAGAGAGUUUCCAUGUACUUCAUGAAGGCCGACAUGAUGCCCUUCCUGUACUGGAAUAUGAUGCUAAGGGGUUACUGGGGAGGACCAGCCUUUCUGCGGAAGUUGCUUCACCUGGGUAUGAGUUAA